GCCUGUAGUCCAAAAAGUUCCCAGACGUACACCCGCGCCACCUAUCCCAGCUCUGUGCCACUUGUUCAAGGACAAACCUCACGUCGUACCUCACAAACGCUCCCCUCCGUGCAAGUUUUCAUUCGCAAUCAAGGCAACAUGAUCCAACGAACCUUCCUCCGACCCAUCCAAGCUGUCACGCGACAACCGCAAUCCCUACGAAUCGCACCGACAGCAACCAGCAGAUCAUCGCCUGUUGUAUCUGGAAUAACGCCUCCAGCUUCGCAAAGACUAGGCUCGCGAAGAUGGUACGCCCAAGCGCAAGAAGCGGAGGCGAAGAAGGAGGGCGGUCCCGCAGUAGAGUCACAUGGCAAUGCAUCAGGCACACAACCCGCUGCGGCGGACGCAUCGAAAGCGGAUCCCUCACAGGCAGAGCUCGAGUCGAAGAAGCGCGAAGUCAUCGACCUCACCGACCGGCUAAAACGCUCCGUGGCCGACUACCGCAACCUCCAAGAACAAACCAAACGUGAGAUCCAAGCCUCUCGCGAUUUCGCUCUCCAGCGCUUCGCCAAGGAUCUCCUAGACAGCAUCGACAACCUCGACCGCGCACUCAGCAACGUCGAACCGUCCAAACUCGACGCCGCGGACGCGAACCCAGAUCUCAAGAACCUACAUUCAGGUCUAAGGAUGACGGAGCAGAUCUUGAUGGGGACGCUGAAGAGGCAUGGGAUGGAGCGGUUCGAUCCGGCGGAGACGGCGGAGAAGUUCGAUCCGAAUCGGAUGGAGGCGACGUUCCAGGCGCCGCAGCAGGGGAAGGAGGAUGGGACGGUGUUCUAUACGCAGUCGAAGGGGUAUACGCUUAAUGGACGGGUGUUAAGGGCGGCUAAGGUUGGGGUGGUGAAGAACUCGUGAGGCGAUAGCGCGCGCGAUGCUAAUGCUCUUGUCGCUGUUGAUGCUGGCUGCGAAGCUGGCUGAGCGACUUGUACGAUUUCUCCCCUUUCGCAUUGUGCAUAGCGAUCCUCUGUAUAGGUAGAUUUGUUAUGGCAUAGCCGAUGCCUGUACGAUAUACCCUCGUUCAAGACCGUGUUUCU